GCGCUGGCCCCACCUCUCAGUCCGCCGCUGCCCAGCCCUAAGUUCCGGACGCGCCCGGGGCCAGCCCUUGGGGCGCGGGGACUCGAAGAGUACGGCGCACCUGUGCCCCGCAGGGCCUUCUCGACCCGCGGCUCUGUCCUCUUAGCUGGCCGGCGCCCAGGACCCCGGUGGUUCGGGCCCAACCUCGGGCGCGCGGGGGAAGCAGCAACAGGAUGCCCGGGUCCUCGUUCCGAGCCUCGGGCCUCCUUCCGGGAGACGCUCGCUUGGGGUCAGCGCCCGCGCUCCUCGGCGUCCCCGCUCGGAGGCGACCCCCGGGUGCGCGGUUACGUGCCCGCUCGCCCCCCGAGGGAGGCGUCCCCGGGCCGGCACAUGGCGGCCCCAGUAGGUGACAGGGCUAGUGUUCCCUUCACGGGAGAGGCGGCUGCAGACCACAGUGACCAAGGGCUCCGCUGGGUGCGUGCCCGGCGCGGAAAAGGCUCGCGUCUCUCUUAGCCGCGGCCGGGAUCGCUGCCUUGCUUCUUUAAGACGGAGCGCGCCGGGGAGCUCCGCCCCGAGGAGCGCGCGGCCGCCAUUGGCCGAAGCGGCCUCAGGGUGGCACGUGGGCGCGGACCUCGAGCGCUCCGAUUGGAGCCGAGGCCUGCCCGUCUGCGAGCGCCGGGCUCUCGGCCGAACCCGGCCUCGGCGUUCGGCUCCUAGGUCCUCCACGUUCCAUUCCUAGGCAGGCCCGUGGCGCGGCCCAAGCGGCCCCCUGCGUACCCCGGCCGGGGCGCCGAAGCAGCGACGCAGGCACGCUGACCAUGGCGGAGUUCUCCCAGAAUCGGGGCAAGCGGCGUGACGGCGAGGUGCUGGGCGGUGCUGUGGACUUCCUUCUGGCCAACGCGCGCCUGGUUCUGGGGGUGGGCGGAGCUGCUGUGCUGGGCAUUGCCACCCUGGCUGUGAAGCGGCUCAUCGACAGGGCCACCAGCCCUCGGGAUGAGGAUGACGCCAAGCGGGACUCCACGUGCCUGGAGGACAGCUGGCAGGAGCUGAGCCUGCUCAAGGCCACACCACGCCUCCAGCCCCAGCCGCGGCCCGCAGCCCUCAGCCAGCCCGUGCCACCCCCGGCCCCCUCACCCUCAGCCCCAGAGGGGCCCGCAGACACAGAUCCCCCGACGUCGCCUCAGCUCUGCUCCCCAGCACCGUCGGUGUGCCUGACGUUCCAGGAGAAGCUGCUGGCGUUCGAGCGGGACCACGUGACCAUGCCAGCGGCCCACGUGGCUCUGGCCAAGCAGCUGGCCGGUGACAUUGCCCUGGAGCUGCAGGCCUACCUGCGGAACAAGUUCCCAGAACUGCCCUUCGGGGCACUCGUGCCUGGCGGGCCGCUCUACGACGGGCUGCAGGCGGGGCUCGCCGACCCCGUGCGUCUCCUGGUGCCCCUGGUGCUGGAGCCUGGCCUGUGGAGCCUGGUGCCUGGUGUGGACACCGUAGCCCAGGACCCUCGCUGCUGGGCCGUGCGCAGGACUCAGCUGGAGUUCCACCCCCGCGGGAGCAGCCCCUGGGACCGCUUCCUGGUGGGCGGCUACCUCUCCCCCCGGGUCCUGCUGGAGCUGCUCCGCAAGGCCCUGACCGCCUCCGUCAACUGGCCAGCCAUCGGCAGCCUCCUCGGGUGCCUGAUCCGGCCGCGCGUGGCCUCGGAGGAACUGCUGCUCGAGGUGCAGCACGAGUGUCUGGAGCUCCCCGUGGCUGUGCUCCUGUCCACUGCCGGCGCCCAGGCCGGAGACCUCCUGUUGGCCUGGCCCCUGGAGGGGCUGGCCAGCAACCUCUGGCUGCAGGACUGGUACCCGGCAGAGGCCGCCCAGCUGCGGGCCCUGGAUGAGCGCGACGCCGGGACCCGCCGGCGGCUGCUGCUGUUGCUCUGCGGCGUCUGUCAUGGCCACCCGGCGCUGGGGCGGCUGGGCCGCGGCCCCCUGACCCAGGUGGUUCUGCACCUGGGCGAGCAGGAAGCGGACUGGGCUGAGGAGGCCCUGGCGGAGCACUUCCUGCAGGCCCUGGAGUUGCUCGUCGGCAGCCUGGAGCGGGCCAGCCUGCCCUGCCACUUCAGCCGUGGUGUGAAUCUCCUGGACGGCCUGCGGGAAGAGGACAUCGACGACAUGGGCUGUGCGCUGUACUGGGGCCUGCAGGCCCCCGAGGGGCUGCUCUAGAGGCGCGGGCCCAGGUGGACGCCUCCCUCCAGGGCGUCGAGAGCACCCUGCCCUUGCUUUUACCCCGAACGGGUCAGCGCGAGCUUGGGCGGCCCGCACUCGCACUCACCCCUCGGCCUGCGGUAGCCACAGUGAGUCCCGGGCAGGGGUAAGGUUGCCUCUGUUUUUCUGUCCCAAGGGUGAGUCACGCUUCCCUCAGGUACAGGCUCCUCCAGGCUGCUGGUGCUGGGCGGUGGGCACGGCCUGUGGUCCCCCAGGAGCCGGAGUCGCCUGGAACCCUCGGGAUGCAGCUUUUGGCUGGCUGACAGGCUGGCGUUUUCCAUGCUGUGUGUCUGGUUUGCUCUCUAACGUGGGCCAGUGGGGGCUCACCUGGGGGAAGGCCCUUCUCCAGCUGGGGGAGCUGAGGGUGUGUGUGCUGCCCACCUGGCCCGGAGCUGAGGGUGUCCCCUGGCUGCUGCUGGGCCCAGCCCCCGCGGUGUUGGCACCAGCCGCACUCGCUGACUGCACUCUCCCUGAAGCUGGCUGGGUCGGGGGGAGGUUGUCUGCCUCCCCUCCCAGGUGUCUCUCCUCGCUCUGGUAUCCUUUCUGCUGAAGCAAAGCUAUGCCUCAAGAACUGUGAACUAGAAUAAAAAGGAAAACUUCAAACGUCCACGGGACUCACGUUGGGCUCUUACAUGCAGCCACUUGAGGUUCUGUAAAGUUGACCAGAGGAGCUUGGGAUCAGCCUGGAGGCGAUGGAUUGAAUUAGAAAAGUCGGUUACGUGGGGGGAGGAUGUUACAGGAUCCCCAGAGCGAUGUCUUGCUUUAGUAACGGAACCAGCUGGCCAGGGUUCUGUUUCUUCUCCAAAGCCUGCCCCCUGGAGCCCACUGUGCUUUCCGGGACGGGCGGGGCUGCCACACAGCCCUUCGGCCAGCACUGUGAGUGUGCAGAGAAACGUGGCCCCAGAAGUGGAGGGCAGGACCCCGCGUCUCGGUGUCCCCAUAGGAGCCAUGGCCAUGGCUAACUUCCUGUCACCACACAUGGCAGACGAGGCCGGAGAGGGCUUGGGGCCACGUGUGCUGGUGGUGAGGCCACCGCAGCUGUGCCAGGCCUGUGCUGCUUCUCCUUCCCAUCCCGUGUGUGUCCCCCUUCCAACUGGGAUUAGGGACAAGAAGUGGGGACAGGCUCGGAGGCCUCCCUUGGUCGAGGGCCAGCACGGGCCAGAGGAGGUGCUAGUGUGUACCUCUGGGUGCAGGGCCCUGCCUCGUGGGUGUUCACACAGUCUCGGUCUCCGAGCACAGAGGGUCACAGGGCAGGAGACUGGCUUGCCCGAGGGCCGUUAGGUCACUUGACUCAGGAGCUCCCUGGCCUGAGUGCUCGCAGCGGUGAGCAGCUGUGAUGGCAGCGGAGGGUCAGCAAGGGGGCAGGCUGGAGGCGGGGCGGCCUCGGCCCCCUCCCCUAUAAAACAGGGGUUCCAGAGUAGCUGCUUCACAGGCAGCAGCGGGAGCGUUAACCCAGCACAAAGCGAGGCACCCCCGACCCAGAGGUCCUGGACACAAGGUCCAGCAUCACUGAACCCGAGCGCGCCAGGACUCCGCUGCAGGCCUGUGUCCAACCAAGGUUGGGGGUCUUGGGCGCCGAUGGGUGAAGGGCUGGCCAGGCGUGGCUGGGGAGCAGUCGGGACGCAAGUGGGGUCAAGGCCCCUCUCAGACGACCCGACCCCACUCGCGGGCCCUCUGGCGGCUUCCUGCUUCAGGUAGGUCUCCGUUUCCCCUCAUACCAUGAUUUCAGUAAGAAAAACCCAGAAUUAACUAAAGAGGAGAAACGAGGUGCUUGGGGCAACGUCCCCUGUCCAAGGCCAGCAUCUGGCACGCGGUCGUGCUGGGGCCUCCACGGUGGCCGCUGCCCAGCUUUGCUCUCACCCCUUUAAUGAGGGCGGUUCUGACCUGGGAGUUGCAGACCCUUCAGCUGAACUGGGCAGUCCUCGUCCCUGGCUUUACCAAGUGACCCAAAGCCAGGAGCACGGCGGUGAUUCCACCUGCCAGAGUGAACAGACGGCCGGUGCAGGUGGGAAGAGUAGCGCAAAAGGGCAAACAGACACUGACCUACAGCUUCACCAUCUACACCCGUUACAAGGCAGCUCAGCAACGAGUCAUUCCGCGCACGAGACGCACCCUUUCUGGGUGAGCAGGAAUGAGCAGGACCCCUCGGGACCACUGCGGCCAGUCCAUCAACUGGGCACCACUCGUGCCCCAGAGCUGACCCAGCCAGUGGUAUCAGGCGGCGCUAUUACUAAGCAGAAAAAGCACUGACGAAAGUCUGCACAGGAACAUUCUCGCUGAGGACUGCAGGCGAAGUGGGCGCACCGUGCUCAGGUCCCCAGAGGUCUCGCCAAACCUCCUGGCGGUGUUGCAGUCAGCAAGCCAAGCCGGAAAACCACCCCCAAGGCCCGGGGGGCCCUGACGGGCGGGGCUGGAGCUGGACGGGAGAGGGAAGCUCUCGGCCCUAAUCUAGGGCCCCUGCCCCACCUCUGUCCCGUCCCCUCCAAGACAGCGGCCUUCAGCCUGGUUUAAGUCACGUGUGUCUGAUGCAUUUGCAUUCUUUUGUUUUUGACCACGCUGCGCAGCAUGUGGGAUCUCAGCUCCCGGACCAGGGAUGAAGCCCACACCCCCUGCGUUGGAAGCAGAGUCUUAACCACUGCACCACCACGGAAGUCCCCGCGUUUGCAUUUUAAAGUACAUUUUUCUUUUGUAGUCAGAAAAAAUAAUCUUGUAAAAAACCCCAGUAACGUUACAGUUUGGUGGCACUUAGUUUACUGAGGACAGACGCUGAGGCUGUGGGGACAACACCGAAGGCCGGCGCGGGGCACCCGGGACGCUGCUCUGGGUCCUCUUGGCACUGCCGCCCGUUUCCUGAGACAGCAGUUCAGCUCGCGGGGGCCUCAGGCUCACUUGCCUGUGUGACUUCACAGCGAAGCUUUCCAGGCCGACCCCGCACCCCCGCCCAGCGUGAACGCUGCUGGUGUAGCAGGGACGGUGCACCCCUGCCCCCUGCGGAGCCGGCCCCUCCCGCCUGCAGGCUGGACGCGGCAUAGGACCCCCAAAUCUGCGGUCCUGGAGGGAAAGGCGGCUGAUCCACCCCGGGGGCAGUGGGUCCUCCACCCAGCGUCCUGAGAGGAAAACCCCCUCACAGCUUCCGUCACUGUGACCAGGACGACGGCAACCCUCACCCCCAGAGAGGCCACCAGGCUCGGCAAAGGCACAGCCUAGGAGCACAGCAAGAGGUGGCCAGCAGGACCCCUGUCCCACCCGGCAGCUCUGGUCCUCGUGUGCACAGGAGCACCCUGCGGAAAGACUAAAAUCCACAGAUGCGUUCAGCAUCGUUCGACUCAACAACAAAAGCACAAACACUGAAAAAUGGGCAAAGGACUUGCAAAGGCAUUUCUGCAAAGAUACGUGAAAGGCCACGUGAACACUGAAAGGAUGCUCGACUUCAGUGGUCAUUAGGAAGAUGCAAGUCAGAGCCACGAGACACCACCUCAGGCCCACGAGGAUGGCCACAAUUAAAAGAAAAAAAGGGGGGGCUUCCCUGGUGGCGCAGUGGUUAAGAAUCUGCCUGCUAACGCAGGGGACACAGGUUCGAGCCCUGGUCUGGGAAGAUCCCACAUGCCGCGGAGCAACUAAGUCCGUGCGCCACAACUACUGAGCCUGCGCUCUGGAGCCCGCGAGCCACAACUACUGGAACCCGCACACCUAGAGUCCGUGCUCCGCAACAAGAGAAGCCACCACGAGGAGAAGCCCGCGCACCGCAACAAAGAGUAGCCCCCGCUCGCCGCAGCUAGAAAAAGCCCGCGCACAGCAACAAAGACCCAACGCAGCCAAAAAUAAAAUAAACAAAUUUAUAAAAAAAAAAAGAAAAAGGGGGAAAUAAGCACUAGCAAGGAUGCGGAGAAAUAGGAACCCUCGUACAUUGCUGGUGAGAAUGUAAAAUGGUGCAGCUGUUGUGGUUCUUCAAAAAAUUAAACACAGAAUUUCACGACCCAGCACUCCACUCCUAGGUGUAGAUCUGAAAAGAAUAUAGAACAGGCGUUCAAAUACUUGUACGUGAAGGUUCACAGCCACACUGCUCACAACGGGGCCCAUGCACACAGCGGACUAGUUCAGCUGUAAAAAGGCACAGAACACCGACACGCAACCACAGGGGCGACCCUGGAAGACACGCCACUCAGAGAAAAGCAGACACACGGCCCAUGGGCCGCACGGUUCCGUCUGUGAAAUGGCCGGCACGCGUAAAACCACAAAGUCGACUGGGCUGCGGGCCGACCACACCCACCGCCCGGACGCCCCAGGGGCGACUGCGGGCACCCCGCCCCCCGCCAGGGCACAAGGACUGGUCUGAGUGAAGGGUUUGGGGCUGGGAGUCCCAAGACCUGAGGACAGUUCAUUUCUCCACUAGCAGGGUGACGCCGGCAGCCUGUCCUCCAGCUCUCUGUCGAAACCACGGAGCGAAGCCGACCUGCUUCUGCUCGGCUCCCAAGGCUCUCGGGAGGCGGGCGAGGCGCACCGAGACCUCUGCAGGGUGUGGAGACGGGAAGCGUCGGAGUCUUGCACCGGCGGCUCUUCUCUGCCCCAGAGGACAGCGGUGCGGCCGGGGGAGGCCACUGGGGCCAGAGGAUGGCAAGAGGACCCAGGCACUGCCCGGGGUCCUGCAAGUGCCCGUCACUCCUGCCAACUCUCACCAGACGCUACACCAUCACCCGCCAGGGUCAAGGGGUAGAAUCCUUUAUUGAGGCACAUGAGCUGUGGGGCGUCCUGGCCACAGCAGCUUCGAGAAAGAGGGAUAACCCUUCUGUAGACACAACUUCUGAACAGGGGAUCCCUGCCGUCCUACCCGUUCUCAGGACGUCUGUGGAGGGAGGCCCCUCAAGGGCCGGGCUGAUUCCCGCUAGGGCGCCGACAGCACGGCCCCCGUGGAUCGCAGGGGGCAGCCUCCAUGGCGUCUCAGCUGUGGCCAUGGCCGUUCCUGAGCCCCAGACACAGGGCCGCUGUCCACCAGGCGUGGCCUUCUUGAGAGAGCGGUCUGGACCCGGACUCCUUAGAACACAGGUCACACUCCAAGAGCAGCCACUUUCCUCAAAGCCGCCCUGGCAGCGCAGGGCCACCUGGCCCUGGAGAAACGGCUCGUUUCCCGAGACAAAAGCAGCAGGUGGAGGCAGUGGCCCCCUUGGCCCUACCCUGCCCUCAUCUGUUCUGAGGACAGAAGGGACGGGUGUGUCCAGGCUGGUGGCAAAGGCUGCACUUCCGGGGUUUCUUGGCCGCGGACCCGGCGUCCGAGGAACCAGCCUGGGCCCUUUUGCUUCUGGCCUCCGGCUCCCGGCUUCCUCCUCUGGCUCCUGCCCAGGGGGGGCCUCCAAAGGUCCCUGCGGGGAGAGCGAGGGGAGAAAUGAGUGUGGACGGCAGAGCCCCAGCCCUGGAAGGGAACCCGUGUCACCUACACGCAGAAGCAGGGACCAAGCAAGCAGCCCCCUGAGCGCGUGCAGAGCCCGAGCUCUGGGCCCUUCCAGUCCUCCAAGAGCCUCACAGUACUGGCCGCCCCAUCACCCAGGACAAAUGACCAGGCAGCCCAGAGACCAGACACCACCUCCGCCCACCGGGAGCCCUUGUGUGUCUGCCGUGAGCGCCGAAGGACAACAUCCCGCACGGCACUAGCGUCUCCAGCCUCCGCCUGCCCCAAGCCUCUGGGUUCUCCCUGUGUGUGCAGACCUGCCGCACGUGUGCUAGAGUCACAGUUUCAGGCUAACACAGACCCUAGAAGGGUGGGCAGGUGCCCAUCUUACGGAGGAAACAGGCUGAGAAGCCGCACCAAGUGGUUCAAGGUCACACAGGUGGGCCCCAAGAGAAAGCUCCCGCCAGGCUCCCUCACGCGUGACCAGGCUUCCGCGUGUCCUGGAGGGGCCAGGUGCCUUCAGGUGCGUCAUUCACCUUGACCCAGCGUCCAGCAGCAGUCCUCCCCACACCCAUCCGUGGGGCGCCAACCCAAGCUGUGUAACCCAGGGCAGGAACCAGGUAUCAGGGCCAGGGCCUCCGUCUUACAGGAUGAGGCUCCGAUACAGAGCCCUCCAGGUUUACAAAGGCGGGAGGAGCGCAGGGCUACGGGAGCAGGCGGACCCAGGAGCCAGGCCUGGGCCGUGUCGCUGUGUGACCCCGACAGGUCCCGCCACCCGUCUGGGCCUCGCCCUCCUCUCCUGUGAGUCGCAAUCACAACCGCCACCCGAUGAAGGUGAGAGAAGACACACAGAUACAACGGCGUGGCGCCCGGCACACAGCAAGCUGCCCGUGACCUUGCAGGAGGCGUGACUGAGCGGGGAGGGGGAGCAAGGCAACCCGUGCCCCCACCCCACCACCCCUGCCCUCCUCGGGCAGGCCCUGUGUGCCCCCUCACCUGGGGCCACGUUCUCGUCCACCCACUGGAAGAAGCCGCACUGCUGCUCCCGGGGCUUGGCGCACGUGUGGAACUGGCGCCCCUUGUUGGGCCCGUCCUUCUGCACAGUGCGCGUGACAGCGGGCUGGCUGCACAGGCAGCGUGCGCCGCCGCCACCAUCGCCGGGGCUUCCGGGCCCGCCCAGGGGCUUCCCUGAGCCCGGCGGGCGUCCCAGUGAGCCGCCCGGGGGUCUGGGCACCUCGGAGGGAGGCCCCCCUGCUUCUGGGUGGCCGCUGUCGGCCCAGAGGAAGAAGUUGCAGCCGCCGCCGCUGCACUUGUAGAACUGGCGGCCCUGGUUGGGCCCCUCCUUCCGGACGGUGAGCAGCAGGGCCUCCCGGCCACAGUUGCAGGUCACCGAGUUGCCUUCGCCCUCGGCGGCGGGCAGGGGCGCAGUCCUGGCCAGAGCAUUCGAGGGCCUGAUGGCAGGAGGCUGGGGGUGGCCGUGCUGGCUGCUGCCCAUUCUGUCCAGGGGCUGGCUGGCCUGCAGGUGGCCGGAGGGCUGGCUGACCGGCUGGCCAGCUCGGGUGGGCCCCCGUGAAAACCUGAGGUCCAAGAUCUCCCUCAGGGUCUCGUCACAGCCACCAACGCAGCCGACAAAUUCCAGUGGCAUGGUUGGGGGAAGGCUGCCUCGCUUAAACUUGAACUUCAACCUAGUGAGGCCAGAAGAUGAGAAAACACGUUAACUACCGGGUGCGAGUCUUCUUGGUCCACACAGGGCUGUGCCCACCCCACCUAGGAAAGCCACGCAAGGCGCAGCCAGCCCGGCCCCUGCGGUCGCACAGGAGCGCAGAGCAGGAGGGAGAUGAGCUCUAAGGCCCAUCACCCGCCAGAACCCAGGAGCCUCUGGAAGGUGCGCCUCCCUGUGCCCCAGUUCAGCGUGGUCCAGGGCCUCUCAACGUGACGGUACACUGCUUGGUAGCGGCACUAGGAUGCACGCGGGCUUUGCUCUCAUUCUCCUGUGUGCAUGCAUUAGGGUUUUCCAGAAGCUCCGAAACGCACAGUAAACUCAGCAGACUGACUGCAGAUGGAGAGCUGAGAAUCCUACCGUCUCCUGUUAAGCCAGACCGUUAAAUUGGCAAAAAUGGAAAACAAUGCAAUCUUCCUCUCGUUUUUUUCUUUUUUGAAAAUAAGUACAUUUUAUUCUAAAAACAUGUUCACUUAUGUUAGAACGCAUUUGUUACAAACACGUUAAUAAACAUUUUAAACGAUGCCUCCACCUUAGCUGAAAACGUGGUAGAAUCGUUAUAAGUAUUAACUCACAACAGAAGCUCUCUGGGUUCCUCCGUGAUUUCUGAGAGUUGAAGGGGUCCCAUGACCAAAGGUCUGGGGACCAGCCCUAGGCGCGGGCCUGGGGCUUUCUGGAGGAGACCACCUUCCUCAGCCUCCGCGUCAGCCCACGGUAGGAGAGGCGGGGAAAGGUUGGGCUCCUCCAGGAGGUGCCAAGGAAUGAGGGCCCCCAGGGAUGGCACCCUGUGCCCAUCCUGCAGGUGCCUCAGCCCCCAGCUCACCUGUAAACGGGGUGUGGCUGACACACUGGACACACGCUCCCGUCCCUGCUGGCCUCCAGCACACUGUCCGGGAACCACACGGCCGAGCGACAUUCCGGGAACCCCGUGCAGCUGAGGUAGAACCUGGGGAGUGAGGGCCGGGGUCACACAAGAGCUGCCGGAGACAGCUCCAGCUGAUGACAUGGGACACUCAUGGUUCUGGAAGACACGGUGGUCACUGACACUGAGUGACAGGAAAACCAGCCUGCAUUUACGUCCCUGAAAUCCCCACAGUCAUACUGCUGACGCCUCUUCCUGCUUAAAAACAGCCAAGCCGCUGCCAGCGCCCAGACCACGGCAGGGCCCCGCUGGCCCCUGGGUGCUCCCUGAGCCCGCCUAGGCCUCCGGCAGCCUGGACACCUGCCCAGGCUGCACAUGCUGCAGAGAAUCCGA